AUGGCGCCCAAGAUGGGCCACGGCCACGGCCGUGCUGGCGCAGGGACUACCGCUCCGGCACGCAAAGAGCCUGCCGACUCGCUUGAUCUUACAGGGUUCAUCAGCGCCCUCGAACAGGAGAUUGGCGACCUGCACAGCACGAUCAAACACCGACGCGAUGACCGGGUCGAAAAGGCAUAUCAGCGCGUCCCGCGCGACAUGCGCCGCCGGACGGCCAGCCACAAUGCGCGGCGCGUGCCACGACGGCUGCGGCAACAGGCGCGUCGGGCCCACGCGGCCGACAACACACCGACGGUCGCUUCGGGGCUGGCCAAGCGUAAGAAAGCAUGGCCAGCCAGCGCGUGGGUGCACGAGAACACGAAGAAGCGGAUCAAGCUUCAGCAGGAAAAGAAGCUGGCGCGGGGGGCGGGAGGAGGAGGCGGUGAUGAUGCGAACGAUGUAGCGGAAGAGGAGGAGGAGGAGGAGGGCGCCGAACACGACAAAGACGAAGCGGCGGUGUUGGCUUGCCCCCACCCACCGAUCGCCAUCAAGAACCUCAGGCUGCCGACACAUCGCUGGCAGGCGAAGCGCGCACAGAUGGACAACCCGGGCUUUUUGUGGAACACGACGCUCGUGCGGACCCCCGCCAACAAGACCUACCGCAUGUCGCUGCGUGCUGCCGGCCUCAAACCGGGCAUGUGCACUUGCUGGGACACGAGCUACAAGCCGACCAUCGAACUGUGCGGACCAUCCAAGCAGCUCGACGAGGCACUCGCCAUUGUCGUCGAGCCGCAUCUCCUCUCGCCCUCUCUGCGGAGCGGAAUGUCGUGUGUGGACGUGAAGCUGCCGAGGUCUUUCUCCUACCAACAGCAACAGCAGAACGUCUCCAGCCAAGGCUUUGAGCUGAGUGGCCCAGGCAACUGCGGCGCCAUGACUCUCUUCUACAACCCGACGACGACGGCGACAACAGCUGUCGACACGGGUUCUCACGCACACCCGACAAACGACGAGACCGAGCGGUGCGCCUUCUUGCGCCUGCACCCCACCCUCUUCUCCCACGUGUGGACGACUCUCAACAACGAGAUUGCCCGCAAACAACUGUCGGUUGUUGUCCGCGACUUCCGCUUAGAAAUCGGCAGCAUCGAUCUGACGGGCAGCGGCGCCGCCGAGAUGCUGGCUGCCACACUCUACCCCUACGAGACCAGGACGUCACCUAUGGAGCCGCAAGGCAGAGAGUUUCUGAAACUGCGCAGCAUCGACACCACGGCUCUGGCCUCGGCCAGUGGCGCCAUGCUCGCAUUCAACAUCCAAGACCCGCGGCUGGACGAGCCAAAGACGGCACACAGUGUACAGGGCAACUCGCGGGGCCAGGGGCCCGGCCGGAACCUGUACCACAUCUUGCAGGACUGGCCGUCGAACGACGUGGAACGGCAGCCCUCUGGUCUCUUUGACAGCAAGGCCCGCCACAACUCGACAAAGCUGGUGGCCCAGGCCACCCUCGACAAACGCCGCGGCAAGCUGUCCACGAACGAGCACCUGCUCCUGGACAGCAACCCCGAGUGCCGCCCGAUCCCCGUCAUCGUGGCCGCCGCCGACGGUGCCUCGUCGGUCCCGGCGUCGGCCGAUCCUCAUGCGUCGAGAAAAAGCGGCACGGCCAGCUGCACGUGGACCAUCAUUGCGCCCCGCGCCUGCAUUCCCAGCAUCUGGCAGCGCCUGCACCGGCAGCGCAUGAGCAGCGGCCAGCAGCCCAUGCCUGCGGGGCUUGAAGAGGAGCACCACAUGGCCCUGGAGCGCGGCCGGCCCUGGUUCCCUGCGGAUUUCCCGGGCACGCCCACGGGCUGGGACUGGGAGCUGCAGAGCCGCCGGCGGCAGGAGAAGAUGUGGAAGGACAAGCCGACGGCGAAGCGCACGCAGUGGGCGGCCGUCGAUCUGGGCAACGGGACGAAGGGCGAGCUGGGCUCGGGGUAUGCGUGCGACUGGGAGUUUUUGUUUGGCGUGGACACGGUACCGGCUACGCUUGCCGAGGAGGAUGGCAAUGGCAGCAACGGUAGCAACGGUAGCAACGGUAGCAACGGCGACGCCGGUGGUGCCGACACGAUCCUCGCGGAAGACACCGUGAUGGACGUCGGCGAGCCACGCCUCCAGGAAUCCGUCCAGUUCCAGGCGCUUCAGCCACAGAGCGCAGCGCCGCCGCCCAUUGUGCGCCUCCUGCAGCAUGCCACCUGGAACGACGUCCGCGACGCCGUCCAGACCGCACGGCUGCAACAGCCGGUCGUCUGGCGCACGCCCUACCAGCUGAUGACGAUUUACGUCGAGCUGCUCAAGGGCGGCGUCCCGGACGCGCGGGCCCGCAUCUACCGCCUCCCCUCCGACAGUCACCACCACCGGGCUCAGUGGCUUGCCUUGGCCGCCGCGAAGUCGACCAAGGGCCACCAAAGCGACCAGCUCAGACGCCCGCCCAUGCCGCAGCGCAUGCCUGCCGACGCCGACAUCACGACGCGCAAGAAGCUGCUGGCCCAGUCCUUGCUGGACACACAACUCCCGUACCCGCGGCCGUCUGCUGUAUCGGCAGACGACCUGCACCUGCCCAUCCCUGGCCGUCACGACCUGAUGGGCUUCCUCACCAGCGGCGCGCUCCGCUUCCUGACGUCCAAGGGUGCGGGCAUUGGGCACGUCAGCGCGCCCAAGUUGAUGGAGGCCAUAUUGGCGGCCGACGGCGCAGACACUGCAGAACAACCGGCGACACCCGGUCGCCGCGUGCCCAUCGGCCGAGACGCACGGCUGUGUAUUGUGCGCAACGCGGGCGAGCGGGUUGGCCACUUGGCACGCUGGACGCCGAUCAGCAACUGA